GUGAUCCGCUCACCUACAAAUUAAAUACUCCCAUAUUAUUUAAUUACAAAUUGCAAUCACCCAAUUCAUAUUUCUUCGUUUCUUCCGCUCAUCUCAACUGAGCUGUGGUUUCAAUUUCAAGCAGAUGGCGGGUGGGGUUUUUUCAGGCUUGAGGCGCUUCUACCUCGCCCUUUACAAUUGGGUUGUGUUCGUAGGAUGGGUUCAGGUGUUUUAUCUUGCUGUGAAGACUCUAAUGGAGUCUGGGCACGAAAAUGUCUACCAAGCCGUCGAAAAUCCUCUGCUUUUAGCUCAAUCCGCCGCCGUAUUGGAGAUACUUCAUGGUCUAGUAGGGCUUGUGAGAUCUCCUAUAUCAGCAACACUGCCACAGAUAGGUUCGAGAUUAUAUGUUACUUGGGGGAUUUUGUAUAGCUUUCCUGAGAUUCGGACCCAUGUAUUUGUUAGUUCUCUAGUCAUUAGUUGGUCUAUCACAGAGAUUAUCCGGUAUUCAUUCUUUGGCACAAAGGAGGCAUUUGGCCGUGGACCUUCAGGGCUCUUGUGGCUUAGGUAUAGCUCCUUCAUCUUGCUAUAUCCUACUGGCAUUACAAGUGAAGUUGGUUUAAUAUACAAGGCUCUUCCUUACCUCAAGGAAUCCGGGAAGUAUUCGUUUUGGAUGCCCAACAAAUGGAACUUUUCUUUCGACUACUACUACAUGGCAUUUGUUGUCUUGGCCAUCUAUGUUCCAGGCAGCCCUCACAUGUAUGGCUACAUGGUUGGACAAAGGAAGAAAGCUCUCCGCAAGGCUAAGCAGGCAUAGACCAACCGGGUUUAGUUUAUAACUUAUGUCUGUCAAGAUGUGUUUGUAUUUGGAUGGUGACAGAUGAAUUUUUUUUUUUUUUUUUUUCAAUCAUUUCAUUUUCAUCUUUGCUUCCAAACUUCACUCGUGUAACCAGUUGAGCUGCUCAUGCGGACAUUUCAUUUUCAUCUUUGCUUGAACUAUAUGCUGAUGAAAACAAUGGUAGGUUUUCUCAAAAUCUCAACCCCAAACUCUGGGUAAAUCCAUUGGGCAAA